AUGGGUGGAGUUGGCAAGACAACCCUUGCUCGAAUGCUUUACAAUGACCAUAAGGUGGAAGAACAUUUUACACUUAAAGCUUGGGCUUGUGUUUCAGAAGACUAUGAUGCUAUUAGGGUAACUAAAACUCUUCUUGAGUCAGUCACCUUAAAGCCUUGUACAACGACAGAUCUGAAUUUGCUUCAAGUUCAACUAAGAGAACAACUGAAGGGAAGAAAAUUUUUAUUUGUGUUGGAUGACAUAUGGAAUGAGAAAUAUACUGAUUGGAAGUGCCUCCAAACUCCUUUUACUUUAGGGGCAAGGGGAAGUAAACUCAUCGUAACAACACGUAACAAAAAUGUAGCAUCUGUCAUGCAAAAUGUUCCUAUUCAAUACUUGGAACCAUUGUCGCAUGAAGACUGCUGGUUGUUACUUGCAAAACAUGCAUUUGGAAAUGAAAGCUCUAGUGCACAUCCAAGCUUGGAAGAAAUCGGCAAGCAAAUUGCACGCAAGUGCAAUGGGUUGCCUUUAGCUGCACAAACACUUGGUGGUGUGUUACGUUGCAAGAUAGAUUCUGAGGCAUGGAAUAGAGUAUUAAACAACAACAUUUGGGAGUUACCUUAUGAGAAAAGUGAUAUUCUUCCAGCUCUAGGAUUGAGUUACCAUUAUCUUCCAGCUAAGUUAAAGAGAUGCUUUGUUUAUUGCUCAAUUUUUCCAAAGGACUAUAGUUUCAAGAUAGAAGAUGUAGUUUUCCUCUGGAUGGGAGAAGGUUUAAUUCCUCAAGCUGAGAAUGGCGAAAGAAUGGAAGAGGUGGCUAAGGAAUAUUUUGAUGAACUAUUAUCCCGAUCACUGUUUCAAAAGUCAUGGAAAUCAAGUUUCACCAUGCAUGAUCUCAUCAAUGACUUGGGUGUGUUCAUGUCUAAGGGAGUUUCUUAUAGGUUGGAAGGGAGGGAAUCACAUGAAGUAGAAAGAGUUCGCUAUUUGUCAUAUGUUAGGGGAGAAUUUGAUAUCGCUCUUAAAUUUGAGCCAUUAAAUGGGGCUAAGUGUUUGCGGACCUUCCUACCUACCUCUUUAAACCCUUAUCGAUUUUAUAAUAGGUAUUAUGUAAGUAAAAAAGUUCUACAAGAUUUGGUGCCAUCACUCAGAUGCUUACAAGUGUUAUCAUUGUCACAAUAUCAAAAUGUCACUGAGUUACCUGAUACUAUUGAAAAUCUCAUUCACUUGCACUAUUUGGAUCUCUCCCAUACUGCAAUUCGAAGGUUACCUGGUGUACUUUGCAAUCUCUACAAUUUACAGACAUUACUAUUGUCAGAUUGUUCAUUUCUCGUUGAAUUGCCCGCAGACAUGAGAAAAUUGAUAAACUUACAGAAAUUAAUGUUGGCAGGUUGCAAGUCUCUCACUAAAUUGCCUGUAGACAUGAGGGAAUUGAGUAAUUUACAUCAUCUUGAUGUCAAUGAAACAAAAAUUGCAGAGAUGCCAGUGGAAAUGGGUAGACUAAAAAGUUUGAGAACAUUGACAGCUUUUGUUGUGGGCAAAUCUUAUGGGUCAGGCAUCGGAGAAUUGAGGGAGUUGAAGCAUCUUGGAGGAAAACUUUCAAUUCUGAAGCUACAAAAUGUAGUUGAUGUGAGGGAUGCCUUGCAAGCCAAUUUGAAGCAUAAGAAAGAUCUCAAGGAGUUAGAGUUGGCAUGGGGUGCAGAGGACGUAGAUGAUUCUCAGAAGGAGAAAGAUGUACUUGACAAGCUCCAGCCUUGCGUGAAUUUGGAGCAACUAACCAUCAAAUUCUAUGGUGGAACCAACUUCCCAGAUUGGUUAGGAGACUCGUCCUUCUCUAACAUACAAGUCAUGCAUCUCAGUGAUUGCAGUUAUUGUUGGUCGAUGCCACCAGUUGGGGAGUUGCCCGCUCUUAAAGAGCUCUGUAUAAAAAGGAUGAAAUUUAUUAAGAGGAUUGGUGUUGAGUUCUAUGGAAGAAAUGGGGGUUCUCUUAUUCAGCCAUUUCAAUCACUGGAGAAGCUGGAGUUUGAGGAGAUGCCAGAAUGGGAGGAAUGGAUUCCAAGUGGAAGUGGAGGUCAAUAUCGUCCAGACUUUCCUUGUCUUAUGGAGCUGAUUCUAAAAAAGUGUCCGAAGUUAAGAGGAACCUUGCCUUGUCAUAUGCCUUACUUGGAGAAGCUUAGCGUGUCUGGAUGUGGGGUUUUACAUGAUCAAAGGGCCACUACUACUACCAUUAGUAGCCUUAACAUGUACUCCUACAAAUCUCUAGAAGAAUUGAAAAUAGAAGAUGGAAGCCAAACAAGUCUGUUAUCAGUACUAGAGACAAAGUUCCUGUCCGAACUUGACAUUCGAAAUUUUGUUGACAUACAAUGCUUGCCCAACAUCAAUCGUCUUCAAUAUUUGGCUCUUUAUGAUUGUCCAACCCUGUCGUCGUUCCCAAAAGAUGGCCUGCCCACUACGUUGACAUCACUUCAUAUAUACGGUUGUAGGAGAUUAGAAUUCCUACCUCAUGAGAUGUUGGCCAAACUGACAUCGCUCGAGAGACUGGGCAUACUAGAGAGCUGUGAUUCACUGAGGACUUUCCCUUUGGGUAUUUUUCCCAAACUCUGGUAUCUUAGUUUUCUGAAGUGUGAGAAUCUGGAAUCCUUUUCGAUUGAAGAAGGAGUUGAUAAGAAUCUCAGAGACUUGUAUAUCUCAGACUGUCCAAAUCUGGUGUGUUUUCCCCUGGGAGGAUUGCCUGCUCCCAACUUGAUUCACUUUAUGAUCAAUGGAUGCAACAAUUUGAAGUCAUUGCCUGAACGCAUUCACACCCUCACAGCCCUUCGAGGUUUGGUUAUACAUGAUCUUCCAAAUCUUGUGUCAUUUGCGGAAUGUGGCUUGCCUCCCAACCUCCGAGAUUUUAGCAUUCAUAAUUGUUGUGAGAGACUAAGGCCUUCAUCAGUGGGAGAGUACUGGGGUUUGCAAGGACUUUUCUCCCUUGAAGAUUUUUCAAUUGGUGGCAGGGGAAGUGAUGAUAUCUUGGAGAGGUUGUUCAAGGAACAUCUGCUCCCUCCCAAUCUUCACACUCUCCACAUCAAUAGACUCUCAAGUCUGAAAUCUUUGGACAGAAACGGACUUGGACACCUGUCCGAGUCUCGGAUUCCUGCCAGAAGAGGGUUUGCCGCCAUCUCUUUCUUUACUGAGCAUCUCCGAUUGUUAUGCCCUGGAGAAAAGACAAGUCAGGACAGGAUACCUUCUCUUGGAGAGCUUUUCAUCUGCAAUGUUACUUUACGUGUCAUUUCUGGGGAAGGGUUUAUCAUUACCUGUGUUGCUUUGCAUCACCCGAAUCUUUUGCAGACCAGAGAGAUGGCUGGAGCUUUGAUCGGAGAGGCUUUUAUCUCUGGUUCCAUCCAGGUGUUGUGUGACAGAAUUACUUCACGCGAGUUCAUCGACUUAUUUCGGCAGAAGAAACUGGAUCAACCUCUCCUCAUGAAACUGAAGGUGACACUGUUGACCUUGAACGCAGUGCUCAAUGAUGCAGAGGAGAAGCAAAUAGAGAACCCGGCUGUGAGAGAGUGGCUUAACGAGCUCAAGCAUGCUGUCUUUGAUGCGGAGGACUUACUGGAUGAGAUCAACUAUGAAGCUUUGCGAUGCAAGCUCGAAGGUGAAGGUCAAAUCGACAAUUUAACCAAUAAGGUGUGGAACUUCCUAUCUACUUCUCAUAACCAUUUUUAUCAGAGCAUGAAUGUUAAGAUACAAGAGUUAUUACAAAGAUUAGAAGACUUUGUACAGCUGAAAAGUGCUCUUGGUCUGAGAGAAUAUGUUGGGAGGAAGAGAUGA